AUGUGGACCCUCAUCUCCGCAACCCCCUCCCCCUACGCCCGCAAAAUCCGCAUCGCCCUUAUCGAAAAACGCCUCCCCUUCACCCUCCAGACCGAAGUCCCCUGGGACUCCACCACCGCCACUCCUCAACACAACCCAUUGGAAAAACUCCCCGUUUUGCUACUAAACGAUGACGUGGGCACAGCGGUCUACGAAUCUCACUUUAUAAUGGAAUGGCUGGAAGCGAAGUACCCGGAGCACAGUUUACUGCCGGACGAUCUUGAGGGGAAGUUGUUCGCGAAGAAGGUUGAGGUGCUUGCGGAUGGGGUUUGUGAUGCGCUUGUGCUGGCGUUUUUUGAGAAGAUGAGGGGGGAGGGGUUGAGGAGUGAGGCUUGGAUGGAGAGACAGAUGCGUAAGGCGGAUGGGGGGUUGCGGGCGCUGGCUACGUUUGUCGAGCAGGCGGGGGGAGGGGGUUUUUUGAUUGGGGAGAGGUUGACUUUGGCGGAUAUUGCGGUGGGGAGUGCGCUGGGGUGGUUGAGUUUGCGGUGGCCGGACCAUGAGUGGAAGACCAAACAUCCGAAAUUGAAUGAAUAUUAUGAACGGCUGGAGCAGCGCCCGACGUUUGAUAGCACUAGGCCGUCUGCGCAGACGAUCACGGAUAAGGUUGUGUGA